AUACCUUGGCUUAAUUAUUGCCAUUUGGCAUUGAGCGACUUCCUUUACUGAUCUCUCAUCAUUGCUCUUGAAGACAACAAGGUAAAUCUGGGGGUAUAUAACAGCUCUAAUAGUAAACAUACAGUACUCCUGAGGGAUUUGACUGAAUCAAGAUGUUACUGAUCAUUGAAGCUCUUCUCAUUUCAUCUGCUCUAGGACAGGAUCACAGAGUUGAAGGAAAGAUAUAUCCACUGGAUAUGGCACCGAAUUCUGUCGAUGACCAAUAUGACGGCUGUAGAGAGAACAUGAAAAAGGACGUGGAGACAAAGUAUCUGAAGAAUGAACUCAACACUUCACCUGAUUUUAAAAAAGCUUGGGAAAAAGGGAGAGAUUUUGUCAAGACUCCAGAUAAGAUCUUGUCAAAGGAUCAUAAAAUCGCCAUUUAUGUGUACAGUGAUGCCAGUGUUUACAAAGACUUCAAUUCUGACACUCGUAUUGGUGAAAAACAGUACAGAAAUAAAAAAUACAAAUGGUAUUCACUUUACUUUCUGUUAACUGAUGCGAUACAGAUUCUGAAGAAAACAGAACAAAAAAAUAAAUGUCUUUCAACUUGUCGUCGCACUGAUGUUAAAUUUGACGAGAAUGUUCUGAACACAGAGGUUCGUUUCGGCUCGCUUGCAUCUUCCUCUCUUUGUCCUGAUAAAAAGAUUUUUGGAAAUAAAUCUUGUUUUGAGAUCUACACUUGUGAAGGUGCUGAUGUGUCAAAAUAUUCUAAGCUUCCUGAAGAGAAAGAGGUGCUGAUUCCUCCAUAUGAGACGUUUAAAGUCACUGAAGUCAGGACAAGAAAAGAUGACAAAGAUCUCUGGUGUGAGACUGUGUUCACUUUGAAAAGCUAUAGAACAAAAGUAACCUGAACUGUGCAGUUGCACAAAAGGACAAAACCAAUCUUUAAAUCUGUAUUCACAUUAAAAGGUGCUUCUGUUAAUUAUAAGAUUCAAUAGAUUGAUUAAUUCUAAAUAAUAAUCAAGCUCUAAAAGAUUUGAGUAAAAAAAAAAAGAAAGAGUGAAGCUUUGUACUGAUAAGAGCAUCAGUUUGGUAACAAAAAUGUUUUCAAAAGAUAACAAUUUUGUACAAAACAGUCAUUUGCUGUGUUUAUCAAAAUAAUAUCUUUUUAAAAUCAAGUUUACCAUUUUUCACAUGUAACUGCUGAAUUCAGCAACUCUUGUGUGUGAUUUUGUCAUUUUCUAGUGAUUAAAGAUACAGUUAAAUCAAAAAUGAAAAUUCUGUCAUCUUUUACUAUUCCAGAGCUGUAUGCACUUAAAAAUAAAUUAAU